CUGAUGUGCGUGAAAAAUGUUGUGGCUCACCAAAAAUCUUUUAUAUAUUAGCCUUCGUGCCAUCUCCGAAUUAAAGCUACGAUACAACUCACUUCCAAUUCCCACCUUUUUAUUCUUUCAAACUUUGUAAAUAUUUCGUUCUUUGUUAUGCAAAAUCAUGAUGGAAAACAAGGUGCUCUCCCUCCUCCAACCUCUAGAAGCUAAACCCCUCUCAAUCCUAUGCAUAAUCCCUCUACUAUUCCUCUUCAUUUUAUCAAGAUUACUGCGAAAACGGUAUCCACCCGGGCCGAAGGGAUGGCCCGUGAUAGGCAACAUGGGCAUGAUGGGCCAACUGACUCACCGCGGCCUGGCCGAGCUGGCCAAGCAAUACGGCGGCAUCGUCCACCUCCGAAUGGGCUUCCUCCACAUGUUCGCCAUCUCCGGCCCGGGCCCGGCCCGAGAGGUGCUCCAGCUCCACGACAACAUCUUCUCCGACCGGCCCGCGAACCACGCCAUCACUUACCUCACCUACGACCGGGCUGACAUGGCCUUCGCCAAUUACGGGCCCUUCUGGCGCCAGAUGCGCAAGCUCUGCGUCGUGAAGCUCUUCAGCCGCAAACGGGCCGAGUCAUGGGACUCGGCCCGGGACGAGGUCGACCACAUGGUACGGGCCCUCGGGCUUAGUGCGGGGGAGCCCGUUAACGUCGGCGAGCUCGUGUUCGGGCUCACAAGGAACAUCAUAUACCGGGCCGCCUUCGGGUCGAGCUCGCACGAGGGGCAGGAUGAGUUCAUAUCCAUUUUGCAGGAGUUCUCGAAGUUGUUUGGGGCUUUCAAUAUUGCUGAUUUUGUGCCUUGGUUGAAUUUCAUGGAUAUUCAGGGCCUUAAUGCUAGGCUUGCUAAGGCCCGGGAUUCGCUUGAUGGAUUCAUUGAUAAUAUAAUUGAUGAACAUAUACAAAAUAAGAAGAAAUUGAAUGAUGAAUCUGGGGAUACGGAUAUGGUGGAUGAAUUGCUGGCUUUUUAUAGUGAAGAAGACAAGAUUUCUGAGCCUGAGGAAUUGCAGAGCUCCAUCAAACUCACCAGGAAUAAUAUCAAAGCUAUAAUCAUGGACGUAAUGUUUGGUGGCACCGAAACCGUGGCAUCCGCCAUAGAAUGGGCCAUGGCAGAGCUAAUUAAAAGCCCAGAAGAUCUCCAAAAGGUCCAAGAAGAGCUCAAAAACACAGUGGGCCUGGGCCGAAAAGUCGAAGAGCCCGACUUCGAAAAGCUAACGUACCUCCGCUGCUGCCUGAAGGAGGUCCUCCGCCUCCACCCGCCGAUCCCGCUCCUCCUCCACGAGACAUCCGAAGACGCCACCGUCUCCGGCUACCACGUCCCGGCCCGAUCACGCGUCAUGAUCAAUGCGUGGGCCAUCGGGCGCAACCCGGCCGCGUGGGACCGCGCGGACGAGUUCGUCCCGUCACGGUUCCUCAAGGCCGGGGCGCCCGAUUUCAGAGGGAGCAACUUCGAGUUCAUCCCGUUCGGGUCGGGCCGGAGGUCUUGCCCCGGGAUGCAGCUCGGGCUCUACGCGCUCGAGAUGGCGGUGGCGCACCUGCUGCAUUGCUACACGUGGCAGCUGCCGGAUGGCAUGAAGCCGUCCGACUUGGAUAUGAGCGACGUGUUCGGGCUGACCGCACCGCGGGCGACCCGGCUGGUCGCGGUCCCGACCCUGCGCUUGCUCUGCCCGCUCUGAGCCUUUUUGUUAUAUGUGUUUGUUGUAUAUUGUUUCUUUUUUGCAUGUGUCAUUUGAGUUUAUGUGUGUGUAUAUGAAUUGCAAAUUUUUUUCUUAUUGUGAUUUUAGAUGAUAACAAGCAAUAGUUUAUGUGGAAAUGAAAUGGAUAUAGAAAUCGAUUUACGAUUUGUGUUGA